AUGUGGAGACAGGUGAUAACACGAUUCGGUAUCCCAGAAGCCGUCAUCUCGGACAACGGAACACAGUUCACCGACAAGAAAUUCACGGAGUUCCUCACCGGCCUGGGCAUAAAACAGAAGUUCUCCUCGGUGGAACACCCCCAAACAAACGGACAGGUCGAGUCCGCAAACAAGAUCAUCCUGCUAGGACUUAAGAAGCGGCUAGACAAUAAGAAGGGUGCUUGGGCCGACGAGCUCGCCUCGGUCCUCUGGUCCUACCGUACAACCGAGCAAUCUUCCACUAAGGAGACCUCCUUUCGGCUAACGUACGGGCUAGAUGCGGUAAUACCUGUGGAAAUCGGGGAACUGAGCCCACGGCUACUGUUGAAGGGAGUAGAGGAAGCUAUAGAGAAGGAUCUAAUAGAGAACUAG